AUUAUGAAAUAUCUUCUCAUUAUACUUGUGUUGAUUUAAUGGAGUAUUAUAUGCUGCCAGCAUCCUUUCUUAUCUUCAUUCCAUUAUUGUUUCUCAUAGUUAAACAACUCAUACCAAAAUCUGGAAAUCUUCCACCAGGUCCUCGACCAUGGCCUGUGUUAGGAAAUAUUCUCCAAAUGGGGAAAAACCCUCAUAUUUCACUGGCAAAAUUUGCCCAAAUUCAUGGGCAAUUGAUUUCUGUCAAGCUGGGAACUCAACUGGUUGUGGUAGCUUCAUCCCCUCAUUCUGCAGCUGAAAUCCUUAAGACUCAAGAUCGUCUUCUCUCAGCCCGGUUUCCACCCAGUGUUGCUCCAUAUGAACUCUCUGUUAUUGAUCAACACUCAAUUGUCUUUUCAAGUGAUUUGAGCAAUCACUGGAAGUUCUUGCGGGCAUUUUGUCGAACACAUUUGUUCUCACCCAAAGCGGUAGAGUCACAGGCUGCUCUGAGGGAGAAAAAAGUAUCGGAAAUGAUAGAUUUUCUUAGGUCUAGGAAAGGGGAAACUGUGAAGAUUUCUGAAAUUCUGUUUGGUAUCAUUUAAAACAC